GUUGCCCCGGCGACUGCCGGUUUACGUGAUGACGUCGGAUGUAUAUGAGCGCAGGCGGCGGGAUCUCUCUCCCUUUUACCGCCAUCCGAGCGGAGUCUUUCUUCCCCGGGACCUCUUCACUGCGCAGCGCCGCUUCACCAGUCCAGCCUCCGGCCGCAACGCGAAGCAUCACUCAAGACUCAGCUAAGAUGGCAGACAUCGACAACAAAGACCAGGCUGAGAUAGACCCGGCAGAUAUGGAGGACGUGGAGGAAGUGGAAGAGGAGGAGACGGGAGAAGAUGAAAACAGCAAAGCUCGUCAGCUGACCGUGCAGAUGAUGCAGAACCCACAGAUCCUGGCUGCGCUGCAGGAAAGGCUGGACGGUCUGAACGGCUCGACGUCAGGCUACAUGGAGAGCUUACCAAAGGUUGUAAAGAGACGUGUGAACGCCCUCAAGAACCUGCAGGUCAAAUGUGCCCACAUUGAGGCAAAGUUCUACGAGGAGGUCCAUGAACUGGAAAGAAAGUAUGCCGCCCUCUACCAGCCCCUCUUCGACAAACGAAGCGACAUAGUGAAAGCAGCGUAUGAGCCCACAGACGAGGAGUGUGAAUGGAAGAUAGAUGAGGAGGAAGAGCUGACAGACGAGAUGAAGGAGAAGGCCAAGUUGGAGGAAGAGAAGAAGGAUGAGGAGAAGGAGGACCCCAAAGGCAUUCCGGAGUUCUGGUUAACUGUCUUCAAAAACGUGGACCUGCUUAGUGACAUGCUGCAGGAACACGAUGAAGCCAUCCUAAAACAUUUACAAGACAUUAAAGUGAUCUUCUCGGCUCCAGGACAGCCCAUGAGCUUCACGUUAGAGUUCCUCUUCGAGGCCAACGACUUCUUCACGAACACAGUGUUGACGAAAACCUACAAGAUGAGGGCCGAGCCGGACGAGAGCGACCCCUUCUCCUUCGAUGGGCCAGAGAUCAUGUGCUGCACAGGUUGCACGAUCGAGUGGACGAAGGGCAAGAACGUCACGUUGAAAACCAUCAAGAAGAAACAGAAGCACAAGGGCCGCGGCACAGUGAGGACUGUCACCAAGACGGUCCCCAACGACUCCUUCUUCAACUUCUUCACCCCGCCAGAGGUUCCAGAAAACGCAGAGUUGGACGAGGACUCGGAGGCGGUCCUGGCUGCAGACUUUGAAAUCGGCCACUUCAUCCGUGAGCGCAUCGUUCCUCGGGCCGUGCUCUACUUCACAGGGGAGGCCAUCGAGGACGACGACGACGACUACGAUGAAGAGGGCGAGGAAGCGGACGAUGAGGAGGGAGAGGAGGAGGCUGAUGAAGAGAACGACCCCGACUACGAUCCCAAGGUUUAAGUGGUGACAGUAGAAACAUAACCCUAUCCUGAAGGAUGCAGUCCCCCCAGCUGAGUGCAAGCAGCAGUGAAGCCCGGCCGCCUUUUGAGGAUCAACUGCACUGUAACGGCUUGUCAAAUUAAAAAAAGAAAAUUAAAAAAAAAAUAGUUACUUACCGCCUUAUAAUGUUUUGUAUUUUUCUUGGUAGAGAAUUUGAAGAAGAAAAAGUUUCAAGAUUUUUGUUACAAAAACUCAUGGUAUAAUACUGGGAGCUGCGUGGCUCGAUAUACAUAGUAUUUUACUAGACCAGUUGUUUUUUUCCUUCUCUUCCUCCUCUGUAAAAUAGAUAGAAUACAGGGAAAACAAAUCUCCCUCCAAAAAGCAUGAACUUGUUUCUUCACUGCUAAAAACUAGUUUGGGUUCUCGUGAAGUCUUUUGUUGUAUUUGCUCUUAGACAACAGCUGUGGUUUAGACUGCAUCACGGAAACGUCAAUUUAUGAAACGCCCCGUCCCUUGUCCCCGUCCUCUUCCUCCUACCAAAAUUCCAGGUUGGUCCGUUCCGGGGGCGUCCCAGAUGAAUCCUUGUUUUCUUUCUUAGCGGGCCGAAGCACUGUAGCAUUUCCAGCUCUAGUGACAGAGGAUAGGCGGUGACCUGCAGCCCGGGUGUCUAUUCCAGUUCAUCUAAUCUCGCUAAGCAUGGGAUCUGUGACUUUUGGGCCACUUCCUGCGCCGCUCGACUAAUUUCCACUCUCCAUACAUUCCAGUGAGCGGAGUGGCCCGGUGCAGUCAGUGAACCUCUUUUCAAAGCGGAGUCCACUUCUGGAACGGACGUGUCUAAAUUGAGCCCAAAAACAAGUAGUUUGUUCUGACCCCUUUGCUCCAUCGUAGGUGGCUCCCAGGGCUUAGCGCAACCUGGUCAAGUCUUUUUUUUAAUUUUUAUAAACAUCCCUGAGAAUUCUUAAGACGAGGAAGAGGCUGAGACCGUUUGGUGGGUCGGCCAGUUCGGGCCCAAUGACCCAGUGCUUCAGGCUCCCCGUAGGCUCGCAGUGGCUGUCGUCUUUUCUAUAGCACUUUGUAGUAGUGGUGUACCGGUGGCGUCCCAUCAUUGGCGAGCAGUCUGAGUACUCCUUGUAAGCAGCACUUUGACAAUCCACUCUGGAGAGUUCAACUCGUGCCAUCUGGUUGUUAAGGGCUCUGCCUUUCUGACCGGGGGCGUGUUCAGCUCUGUAGAAACAGCGUUUGUGUGUGGUCAGGUUCACCAACCCCUCCACCCCCGCCCCUUUCCUUAUCCCUCAUCUAGUUAUCACAUUUACCUCACCAAUUUGUGACCGGUCAGGUGACUCCCUCAGCCCAGCCCCUGAGGUCCUGGUUCAUUUUAAUCACUGUGAAAGAAAGAGGGGGGGGGGGGCGUCCUGUUGGCUAAUGACCCAGCACCCUACCCCAAACUCCUCGCUUUGUUACCCAGAAGGCCACAGGGAAGCGUGUCAGAGCAAUACUUACUAGCCAGGUAGGG